AUGUCAGCCCUGUCCCGACUGCACAAGCUGAUCCUCGACUCGUACAAGGAGUCGCUCACGCCCAUGACGGUGUACGUCGAGUCGACGACGCCGGUGCGGGGUCGAAUGCAACACGUCCUCCCCAAGCGCGAAGUCUGCGACAAGCUUCUCGGGUCGUACAUACACACGACGGAGACGAUCUACAGGAUCAUACACAUACCCACUUUCAUGGCCCAGUACGAGAUGUACUGGGACGGAAAACUGCAGGGCGACACAUUUCUGCCCCAGCUUCUGGCCAUCUGCGCCACGGGUUCGCGGUUCGAGGCCAAGUCAAAGGGCUUGCGCAAGAGCAUUGGCACCGAUUUCGACGGCGUUCACAUCCCGACGGCCUGCGAGCUGGUCAAGUCCUGGCUCCACAGCUUAAAGGGCAAACAACUGAUUGACUUUACGACGCUGCAGACGGAGAUGCUGCUCCUGCAAGCCAUGCGCAUGACGGCGGCGAGGCCACAGGUCUUGUGGACACAAUUGGGCGCCAUUCUCGGCAUGGCCAUGACGAUGGGGAUGCACCGGGAUCCUUCCGAAUUCGAACCCCAAAUCCCCGUCUUCUCGGCCGAGAUGCGGAGGGAGAAUGUGGUUCUCCAUCCUUGA